AUGGCCUCGCCAGCUGCAGAAAACAUGCAGAAUGGUAUAUCGACACCGCCUGCGACGGCAAAUGCGCCAACACUCAGCCCACCAACACAACAACCCCAACAGUUGCAGCCAACAGCUCAAUCACAAUCACAACCCAACGGCAUACCAACAAAUAACACCGCUGCUGGCGCAAUGAACCCCGCCUUCCCACCAACAUCUCUCUCCGACCCAGGAACCUCAAAACGCCCCCGCGACGCCCGCCUCAUCCACCUCAUCCUCGCCAACAUGGGCGUCCACGCCUACACCGAGCGCGUGCCCCUCCAACUCCUCGAUUUCGCCUACCGAUACACGUCGUCCAUCUUGUCAGACGCUCUAUCCUACGAGCCACCCCUGCCCACAACCUCUGCGUCAAAGAAACGCUCCGGCGGCGCAGGUGCAGGCGGUGAAGGAGAUGGGGAAGGGGUGAGUCUAGCGGCAUUAAGAACUGCUGUGGGGGCAAGGGCGGCGGGGGCAUUUCAACCAAACCUAGGCAAGGAGUUUAUGAGUGAGGUUGCGCAGGAGAGGAAUCGGAUUGCGCUGCCGAGGGUGGAGAGGGAGUUUGGGGUUAGGUUACCGCCAGAGAGGUAUUGUUUUACGGGCGUGGGCUGGGGUAUUAAAGGGGCGUGGAGUGAGGAGAUUGAGGAAGGCGGGGAUGCAGACGAGGAAAUGGAAGUGGACGAUGGGUUUUCGGGAGGGCCUGUUAAUCAGGUCAACGGGACAAUUGUGGCAGACAACGCGAAUGCUGAAACGGAGGCCAGGGAUACAGCCAUGGGGGGCAUGGAUGAGGAAGAUGAGGAGCAAGACGACGAUGAGUUUGAAGAGGCCAUGGGUAUUAACCAGGAGAACAACCCUUGA